CGCAAUCGGGUUCAGUUCGCCGGCAUCGGUUCUACUAAUUAGUCCGUCAAUUUAAAGCAAAGCGCUCGCGGAUCGUUUGCCGUUCACAAAAACAUAUAAUAAUAAUAUCUUUAUCCGCAUAUAAAAUCGGAUCUUGUUUGCAUUUAAGAAACCUUCAUUAAUUUUGUAUUCGCUUUAGUCAGGGCCAAAUAUUGGCAUCGCAACAUGGUAUAUGAAACAUCAUAUGGCAGUGGCCUCAAGCCCUUUACUCCCGAUCUGAAUCGAGGGAAAUGGGAAAAACCCACGGACUAUAUUUUUGCCUGUUUUGGAUUAGCUUUGAAAUUGGAUGUUUUUGUGGCCUCGUAUUGGUUCUUCUUCGAUAUGGGCCUUUUUGGAAUGAUGCCCUACUAUGUAUACAUGGUGAUCUACUUGGUUCCAAUCAUGGUCAUUCACUCCUUCAUGGGCCAGUUCUCUAGCAGUGGCUUUAUCUCAGCCUUUCGCCUCUCUCCUUUUUUCAAAGGCAUGGGAUAUGUGAGCUUCUUUCUGACCAUCGCCAUGCUCAUUUACUAUAGUAUUUUUGCUGCUGUUCCGCUCCUCUUCAUGGUUAACUCUUUUCGACCCACUCUACCGUGGAGCUGUGAAGGACUAAAGUCUUGGUAUAAUGAUUCCUCUGGGCAAUCGACUGUGUGUAAUAUUACAACGACUGCGGAAGAUUUAGCUAGCAUGGAAAACGACACGUACUAUUUCGGAAAAAUUCUUCAUGUGCCUUCGGUUCUCUACUUUCAAAAUCACUUUGACAGUAUUCGAGAAGAAAGUUUUCCGGAUUUGACUGAGGACUAUGAGCUAUCCUGGCAUUUUGUGGGCCUCUUUGUCGUGGUUUGGGCGCUGAUUGCCAUUAUUUUUUAUAAGUUCUCUGAAACUGCCAAGUUCGGAAAACUCAUACGUUACAUGGUUAUUGGGACCCUGGCCCUGCUUUUGGUGUGCUUUGUGCGUUUUCUGUUUCUUCCAGGUGCUAUUCUGGGGCUAAAGAAAUUUAUGACUCCAAGGGCAGAGGAUAUUGCAAUGGGAGUUCCCGCAACGUUUGUCAUGGUACUACAUGCGUUUGGAGCUGGCUGGGGCAGUGUGAUUGCCCUGUCCAGUUUUAAUGGGUUCAAGACCAACAUCAUGUCAUACAGUUGGAUUAUUUCCUUCGGACAGAUUUUUAUUUACAUCAUGUUUGGAAUGGUUUCAUUUAUGCUGGAUCGUUACUAUAAUGAACUCAAUGAAGGUUCGUUCAACACUCAUGUAAUGGCCCAUUGGCUGUUGUUUUUGUCCAGUGCUUCUGCCUUGGCCUCAAUGGAUUGGCCGAAUCUGUGGACUUUUAUUUACUAUUUUAUGCUAUUGAUGGCUGCUCUUAUCGUAAUGACUACACAAAUCUUUACUCUCCUGCAAAGUUUGUUUGAUGAAUUUGAGCAACUUAGAGCCAAAAAACAGGAGGUUACUUUCGGCCUUAUUGGUGGCCUUGCGGCCUGUUCCUUUUUCUUUUGUACAAAUCAUGGAAUUACUUUCUUUUCUGCCUUGGGACUUGAUGCUAUAUUCUCACACAGUCUCCUUCAUUUGCUGCUCCUUUUGGUGGUUUUGUGGAUUUACGGCCGAGAACGAUUCCAGCGCGAUAUUGAGUUUAUGUUGGGUCAGCCCUUUGCAUCAUGGAAGAUUUUUAUACUUCGCUUCAUAGCUCCAUUUAUAUUAGUGAUUUGUCUGCUGUCGGGAAUAGGCUUGUCCUUAAUGGAGCACUCUUACUCUUCAGUGGCAGUGCUCGUAAUGUCCAUUCUAUUGGUGGCGCUACCCAUUCUGGCAAUACCUGGCUACGGAUUUUACUACCUUUACCAGAGCACGGGCACCUUUUGCGAGCGGUUUAAGCGCACCUGUCGACCCACGGAUUGGUAUCCGGUCGAGAUGGAGCACCGCCAGCAGUACGAGGAAGCUGUCGGGAACACCGAGAUGACCCACCAGCUCUUCGAAGUUACGGAGGAGGUGAAUUAAGUAGCGAUACAAUAACAAAUGUAUUUGGCAUCGAAAUUUAAAUAUCUAUAUAAAACAAA